UUAAAUAAUCAUAUAUUUAUGGAAAAUUUAGAGAAAUCACUUCCUUGACAUGUGAUGAAGUGUUUACCUCUAGUGGUAAGAUUUUUAUAAUCACCUUCUAUGGUUUAGGAGGUGAAUGCUAUAACUUAUACAUUAUAAGUUAAUAAUUAGAUGUGUAGUUUGGUUAUGAAAUCUUUUCUAAAAUGACACUACCACAAAGUUUAUAAAUUCAUUUUUUGAGACAGUCAUUGCUCUGCCUUGGUUAUUAAAAAUGUCUUUUUAAAGAAAUUCUCUUUAAAAAUAUUUCUAGUGUAUUAAUCAUACUUGAUUUUUGUGAAGUGGGGGGUAAACCACACCAUUAAGAGAAUAAAGUGAAAUCCAGAAGAGAUAAUUAUAAGAUUUGUCACAGGCCCCAAAAACAUAAAUAAAGAUUGGUGUGGAAUCUCAUUAGUGUACAUGUUUUCUACCAUUGUAGACUUACCUUUUGUUAGCAUGUUUCUAAUGGUAUUAUAUAGUAAAUUUUUCAAACAUAGUCCAUUUUUAGUGUGAAUUGUUGCUUCAAAGAAACAUACGAACUGUAAUGGUAUUGAGUUUUAAAAUUUUUAUUUGGGAAUUUUUACAUAGGAGUUGUGGUAGACCCAAAGUUCCUAUAAUAUUGCCUAUGGACACCUUUACAUUUAAACUUUUUUUUCCCCCUCCUACAUAAACGUACUUUAAUUUUUCAAACUUCUAAAAUGUACUGAGUAUAGUUAAGUAUGGAAGUAACAUUAGAGUUAUUGGAUUGACCUGGCUCUGCUAAAUUGAUGUUUAGGAAAAUCACUAAAUUACUGUGGACUUCUAUUUCUUUAGCUUGUAUAAGGAACAAAGUAGAUGUUCUCUUCUAGCCCUUAAGUGCUUCAGGUUUACACACACACACACACACACACACACACACACAAUACCUUUAUUUAUUUUUAUUUUUAUGUGGUGCUGAGUAUUGAACCCAGUGCCUCACAUGUGCCAGGCAAGCCCUCUGCCACUGAGCUACAGCCCCAGCCCAAGUGCUUCAGUUUUAAGUAGAAUAUGAUUGUAGUGUCAAAUCUAAAAGCAAAAGUGAGCUUUUAUUAGCUAUCAAAUUAUGCACAUAAUACAUAAUAUGCAUUACAUUUGUAUUAUAAAAGUUUACCAGGUAUCAUCCAUAGUUUUCUUGUACAUUAGUUAAAUCUGUCACAUUCUAAUUGUGAUAGUGCAAAUUAUGAUACAUUUAUUUUAAAUUACCAAUUUUUGUAGAAUUUUGAGUAAAUACACCAGUUAAAUAGAGUGGAUGUAGGAAUAUAUCAUUUCAAAAGUAUAAAACUUUGUUAACCAUUAAGGAAGCACUUUUCCCUUAAAAGUUUAUUACAAUAAAAUUAUAAAGCCAAAUUAUGAAAUAUUGGAUAGGUAUUAGAAUUUUCUAGCGAAAUAGGAAAAUAAACUAGUAAACUCUAGUUUACAAUAGGUUUAUGGGUGAGACCGUAGAGAUACUUGGAAAAUAAUCCCCAUCACUAACCAUACACUGCAUUACAGCCAACACAACUUUGUUUCCAACACAGCUGAGGUUUAGGAUCAUUGGAAAAACCUUUUGUUGAUGUUUGUAGAGAAAAGUACCAUGACCCUCUUUCGUAUCUGGGCCAAACUAGUUCUGAUGAUUCAAAAAGCCAUUGUUUCCUGUCAGUAUUCAGGCAAAUCAUUGAUGCCUUUGUUGAACUGGGAAGGCUUUGAAACCCGUGUGGUAUGGUGCAAAUAAAACCAUUAGAACUUUAAAUCCAUAUUUGCACUUUGGUUUUCCCUUGAAUCUGUCACUUCAACAAAUAUGUAUAAUACAUGCUGAAUUUUCUUUUGUGCAGAGUUUUCUGCCUUCAUUUGGAGAUAUGGUCAUGUAUCUAAGGGGAGAGGAAAUCUGAAGAAGACAUAGCAGCUGAAAAGCCUGCAUCCACUGUCAAAGAGGAGGUCAAUAUUUUAGCUCAGAAGCCAUAGGUGGAAAGACUGUUCCUGAGUAACAAACUUUACUCGGUCAAAGAACCUUUACUUAUUUGGAUCUGCCUGAUAGAAUAAAAUUUUUACCUUCAACAUUGAAAAUUUAUCAACAUUCACCUAAGGAAAGGCCUUUUAUAUAUUCAAAAGUAAAAUGUGGGCUGGGGUUGUUGCUCGGUGGCAGAGCGCUUUCCUAGCAUGUGUGAGGCACUAGAUUCAGCCCUUAGCAUCACAUUAAAAAUAAAUAAAUGAAUAAAAAUAAGGGCAUUCUGUUCAUCUACAACUACAAAAAAAAAAUUACAAAAAACAAAAACGUCACCACUAUUCGUAGCUCCACAUGGAAGUUUAGCAAGGCUGAAUGUCUUCGGAUACAUAAUCCUGUCCAGGAGAUUAUGUCAUUUGCAGAAAUUUAAAAGUUUGGGCUCUUGAGCUGGACAUGGUGACACACCUGUAAUCCUAGCUAUAUUGGAGGCUGAGACGGGAGCGUGGUAAGUUCUAGGCCAGCGUGGGCAAUUUAGCAAGGUCCUGCCGACUCAGUGGUAAAACUGCUGGGUUCAAGCCCCAGCACAAAACACAACAUAAAUUAAGAAUCUUGGCCCUCUGACAUUCGAGAGCCUUUGAAAGGGAAGCUGUUACACGUAAAGAAUAAGUAUUUCCAUACUUUUCGUGAUUUUAAUCAUUAGGGUCGGUGUCUUACAUGGAGACAAAUGCCCUUGGGGAGACAUUUGUUAGAACUACAAGGGAAUGAAAGCACAAAGUAGUGGCAUGAUUUUAUACUUAACUAUGAGGUUUUCGGGUGGUCAUAUAGGAAUAGUCAGAGGUUAUACAGGAGACGACCGUUUAUAUUAUUGGAAGCAUUUUAUAGUUUCAUUUGCAUUCACAAUUUGCUAGAUGUUCAAAAGAACUUGCAACACGUUCAUGAUAAAAAUAAUCAUAGAAGUCGGCAGUAGAUGGCGCGAGUGGGUCUCGGAACCUUUCUAUUGGGGAUCUUCGGAGAGAGGAACCGGAAAAGAAGUGGGACCCUUUGCCACUAUGUGGGGAGGCUGGAAGCUGAACUUCUUUGGGGGUCGCUUUUUAAGAGUGCUUGGGUCUGGGUGCCGGGGCACACAGGCGGAGCGUCUUCGCCUAAUUUCCUGGGCGGAGAAUCAGCCCACUUGGACUCUACAAAUUAAACCAUGGGUUUUCAACGAAUACAAAACCAUGUGGUUCAAAUCCUGUAGGAUGACCUUUUCCUGUUUGAAUAGAAUAAAAAAUUACAGGUCUCCUUGGAAAAGACUAUAUAGUACUUCACAGUCCACAGUUGACAGCAGUGAGGUAAAAACCUUCCGGGCCCUGGCUCACAAGUGGUGGGAUGAACAAGGAGUAUAUGCUCCUCUUCAUUCUAUGAACGACCUGAGGGUGCCAUUUAUUAGAGACAAUCUUUUGAAAACAGUUGCUAAUCACCAGCUAGGAAAACCUUUGUCUGGGAUGAAGAUUCUUGAUGUUGGCUGUGGUGGUGGAUUAUUAGCUGAACCUCUAGGGCGAUUAGGUGCUUCAGUUGUUGGAAUAGAUCCUGUGGAUGAAAAUAUUAAAAUAGCACAGCACCAUAAAUCAUUUGAUCCAGUCCUGGAUAAGAGGAUAGAGUACAGAGUAUGUUCUCUGGAAGAAAUUGUGGAAGAGAAGGCAGAAACUUUUGAUGCUGUUAUAGCUUCUGAAGUUAUAGAACAUGUGAAUGAUCUAGAAACAUUUAUACAGUGCUGCUGUCAAGUGUUAAAGCCUGGCGGUUCUUUGUUCAUUACUACAAUCAACAAAACACAACUGUCCUAUGCUUUGGGAAUUGUUUUUUCAGAGCAGGUUGCAGGUAUUGUACCAAAGGGUACUCAUAUGUGGGAGAAGUUUGUUUCACCUGAAAUGCUAGAAAGUAUUCUGGAAUCAAAUGGUCUGUCAGUUCAAACUGUGGCAGGAAUGCUGUAUAACCCCUUCUCAGGUUACUGGCAUUGGAACAAAAAUACCAGCCUUAACUAUGCAGCUCAUGCUGUGAGAUCCAUGGUACAGGAACACACAGUGUCUGCUGCUAAUGCUGCCACCAGCGCAGGUGUGCACGAAGAGCUGAAGAAAUGAAUUUUUUCUGAGGACUAUAGUAUUAGGGCUGAAAGUCUGAUGUUUACAGAUUCAAAAAAAAUAUACAACUUAUAUUUUGAGAGAGAAUCAUAAAUAAAAGAAGGUCAUUAAAAGAGCUAAAUCUUUGGAUAAAAGUUUUUACGUCAUCUAAUAGUGACUUUCAAGGGAUUCUAUUGAUAAAAAAGUUUUAUCACUUUUGUUAUAUAAAUAGGCUAUGCAUGAUUCAUUGUAUCUUCCAGAAUACAUCCCCCACCUUCCCACAUACAUACAUAAUACUUCCCACAUGUAUACACAUACAUUUAUGCUGUCAUUUAUUUUAACUUAAUAAUAAGAAAUCUAUAUCAUAUACAUUUCUUUUAUUUGGUUUAUUUAAAGGCUGUUUGCUCCAGACUGAUGAAAACCAAAUGUAGUUAUCACUUAUAGGAAAAUAAAAUGUUUUUUUCCUUUAAAUUUUACUUCAUUGGAAAGCAAAUGAGAUGUUAAAUAUGAACUGGAUUUGAACUCAGACAUUUAAAUCAAGAUUUUCAGAUUAUGAUGAACAUACUUCUGUGUACAGUUCCUUAAAAGUUUUAUGGUCCUUUAAAAAAUAAUUAGUGCAUUUUAAUACUCAGAAAAAAGGGUCAAUAUGGCAUAUUCCUAUUUGCAUAUAACAUAGCUUGGUCAUAUCUACUCCCUGCUUUUAUCCUUCUUUUUUUCUCCCUUCCUCUAUCCUCCCAUCUGCUUCCUCUUCUUUAAGAGUCUCUUUGCUACUUUCAUGUCAUUUUUUUCUCCCUAGAAUGGGGGAAAACAGAUGGGGAAACAUGGGGGAAAACAGAUGACAUUUAUCUUUCUGAGUUUGGCUUAAUGUUAUGAUCUCCAGUUCCAUCUAUUUUCCUGAAAAUGACAUGAUUUCAUUCUUUAUGGCUGAAUAAUACUCCACUAUGUAUAUAUACAAAGUUUUCCUUAUCAUUUAUCUAUUCAUAAAAACUGCUGAUUCCAGGGCUGGCAUUAUGGCUCAGUGGUAGAGUACUUGCCUCGCAUCUGUGAGGCUCUGGGUUCUAUCCUCAGCACCACAUAAAAAUAAAAUAAAGACAUUGUGCCCACCUAAAACUAAAAAUAUAUUUUUUAAAAAACCCUGCUGAUUCCAUACAUUCACUAUUGUGAAUUUUGCUGUGAUAAACAUCAGAAUGCAAUUAUCUCUAUUAUAUAUUGACUUUAAUUUCUUCAUGUAUAUAAUAAAGAGUUGUAUUCCUAGAUCACAUGGUAGUUUUAUUUUUAGUUUUGGAGGAACCUCUGUACUGAUUUCCAUAGUGGCAAUUUACAUUCCCACCAACAGUAUAAAAAGAUUCCAUUCCCCCACAUUUUGACAGCAUUUUUUUUUUGUAUUCUUGAUAGUAGCCAUUCUGACUUCUGUGAGAUGGGCUCUCAGUAUAGUUUUUUGUUUUUAUUGUUUGUUGGUAUUUGUUUUAUUUGGUACUGAGAAUUGAACUAGGGUGCUUUACCACUGAGUUACAUCCUGAGUCCUUUUUAUUUUUUAUUUUGAGACUACUGAGGCUGGCCACAAACUUGUGAUCCUCCUGCCUGAAAAAUCCCUAAUUUUGGGGUUUACAGACAUGUAUGUUCAUUACUAUCCCUGGUUCAAUGUAGUUUUGAUUUACCUUUUCCUGAUGACUAAAUAUAUUGAACAUUUUCAUGUAA